AUGAUGGCCUCUCAUCUCCCUCUUACUUUGCCUCUCCUCAAGUCUCUGUCCAGCAGGAUGAGCUCAGAGAAUGUCACCUGGGCCAGGGUUGCCCCUGUUGAAUUCAUCCUCCUGGGCAUCACAGAUCGCUGGGACCUGCGUGUGACCCUCUUCUUGAUCUUCUUGCCCAUCUACCUGGUGAGCCUGCUGGGAAACAUGGGCCUGGUGCUGCUGAUCCAUGGGAAUGCCCGGCUCCACACCCCUAUGUACUUCUUCCUGGCCAACCUCUCCCUUCUGGAUGCCUGCUAUUCCUCAGCCAUUGGCCCCAAGAUGUUAGUGGACUUGCUGCUGCCCCGUGCCACCAUCCCGUAUGCAGCCUGUGCCCUCCAGAUGUUUAUCUUCGCGGGGCUGGCUGAUGCAGAGUGCUGCCUGUUGGCCGCCAUGGCCUAUGACCGCUAUGUGGCCAUCGGGAACCCACUUCUCUAUUCCACGGUUAUGUCCCCACGUCUGUGCUUGGCCUUGCUGGGGGCAUCAGGCCUGGGAGGGGCAGUGAGUGCCUUUAUCCACACGACUUUCACCUUCCGCCUGAGCUUCUGCGGCUCCCGGGAGGUCAACAGCUUCUUCUGUGACAUCCCCCCACUACUGGCCAUCUCAUGCGAUGACACCAGUCUCAACGAAGUCCUCCUCUUCGCCGUCUGUGGCUUCAUCCAGACGGCCACGGUGUUGGCCAUCGCUGUGUCUUACGGCUUCAUCGCGGGGGCUGUGGUCCGCAUGCCAUCUGCCGAGGGCCGCCGGAGGGCAGCCUCUACCUGUGGCUCCCACCUCACAGCUGUGGCCAUGCUAUAUGGGACCCUCAUCUUCAUGUACCUGCGUCCCAGCUCCAGCUAUGCCCUGGACACCGACAAGAUGGCUUCUGUGUUCUACACCCUUGUCAUUCCAGCCCUCAACCCCCUCAUCUACAGCCUUCGCAACAAGGAGGUCAAGGACACCCUGAGGCGGACCCGGAGUCGAUUCUGCUGUCCAGGGAGAGGUACCAGGGACGGGUCCCAGGAGGCUGGUUAAGU